GUUCACUAUCAAUCAUUUCACAAAUAACACAGACAUCUAUAUUCUGUUUCAGAAAACGCUUUCUGCGUUGAGCAGUAUGGCUUAUUUUGAAGUUUACCGUUGAAAGAAAAGUGAAAGGUAAUACACUGAAGUAUGGAGUCGGAGGCCAUGGAAUCCAUGGACGAGGGCAAUAUCACAGAAGAAGGAUAUAUCCCCUACUCACAACGGCCCGAGACUUAUAUCGUGCCGGUUGUGUUUGCGAUAAUCUUCAUCGUCGGGGUCCUCGGCAACGGAACUCUGGUCUUCAUAUUCGCUCGCCACAAACGCAUGCGCAACAUCCCCAACACCUACAUCUUCAGCCUGGCCCUGGGCGACCUGUUAGUGAUUGUCAGUUGUGUCCCCUUCACUUCAAUCUUGUACACACUCGAGUCCUGGCCUUGGGGUGGUCUCAUCUGCAAACUAUCCGAGGCAACCAAAGAUGUCUCUAUCGGGGUGUCUGUGUUCACGCUGACCGCUCUCAGCGCUGAAAGAUAUUGUGCUAUCGUCAACCCCAUCCGGAGACAUAUAUCCACCAAACCCCUGACCAUAGUCACUGCUCUUGCUAUCUGGAUGGUGUCACUGAUUCUAGCUCUGCCAGCCGCCAUCUUCUCAAACGUCCAGUCCGCUCUUGUGCAAGACAACCGAACCAUAGAAUAUUGUUCUCCAUUUCCUAAAGAGUUCGGUAAGACAUACGAAAAAGGCGUAGUUAUGUUUAAAUUUUUGGCUUACUACGCCGUCCCCCUGUGGGUAAUCGCGGCUUUCUAUAUCCUUAUGGCCCGACAUUUAGUUUUGAGCACGAGAACACUUCCAGGAGAACAUGGAAAGGGUCAAACAAAUCAAAUUCAGGCGAGAAAGAAAGUCGCGAGAAUGGUAUUAGCUUUUGUAAUGAUCUUCAUAAUCUGCUUCCUCCCCUACCACAUCUUCAUGUUGUGGUUCCAUUUUUACCCUUAUUCCCAUGAUGAUUAUGAUGAGUUUUGGCACGCGUUUCGGAUCGUUGGCUUCUGCCUCAGCUACAUAAACUCCUGCAUCAACCCAAUUGCCCUGUACUUUGUCAGCAAGGCCUUCCGCAAAUAUUUCAACCGCUACCUCCUCUGUUGCCUGCGCUCCGAGACUCAGUACAGUGACGUCACACUUGUACACGUCAACAGUUCCUCUUACAGGCGCCAUAACUCCGUCAUUACCUCCCACUACUCGCUGAGCCACGCAGACAAGUCCUGACGAUACGUAUAGCUGCCGGCCAACCAGUCGCCGGCACAUACCUACUUAUAGCUGCGCCUGCGCAGGAGUAGUGCCAGCGCUGCCCGAGAACGAGUUAGGGACGUGGCACUCUGAACUCUGCACAUGAAAGUGAAAUAAAAAAAAAACAAUGGAAUGCGAUUCUUGUUAAAGCUGUUAUUUUUACGCUGUUUAAAGCCAUCGAGAGACAGUGUACUGUGAUGUAUAAGAAUUGUAAAUACGUGUAUAUUGUCUCAUAGCAUAUUUGCAGUAUUUUUAUUUGUUAGUACGUGUUCCAAGAAAAAUUAAAUGAUAGGUGACGCGUUUUAAUUAAAAUUUUUAGUGUAUGUUAUUUACGUUCAUUCGUGUAGUAUCUUGCUGAUGUAUACUUCGCUCAAUAUAAAAGUCUUAACGCCUAUACUUAAAUUAUUUCUGUAAAAAAUUAUACCGUAAUUGUUAUUGAUCUAUGUUAUUGUUGAUUGUUUCAUGUGCAUUGAAAACAAGAAAAUAUAUUCAGAACAAUUAUUAAACAUGAUAUUAAAAAAAAAUCUUUUUAUUAUCAUGUCUAAUUUUUACAACUUCAUUUUCAAUUAUUCAUUGAAUUUUCAUUUAUAAAAGGAGGCUAAGCAUACAUCUUACUCUGGCUGUGCUAGAUAAGUAAUAGUUAUGAUGAUUGUAUAGAACUGAUCACACUUCAUAUAACUUACUUUAAAUGUUGUCAAUUUAUUUACUCUUAGUAAAAAUCGAUAUCAUGAUACAAUUAUAUAUUAUUUGUGUAUUUUUAAUAAAGUUAAGUCCAAUUAUUUGAAUAUAGUUAUCUAUUUUUGUAAAAUAUUUUUAAAUUAAUAAAAUGUACUACUCAGUGUUAGAUAUACAGCUACUGCUUUCAUAAAUACAAUGUUUAUUAAAUA